AUGGGUGUUUCUAAAAGAUCUCCAUUUAAGGACAGAUCAGGGCUAAACCAUGAAAACUUUACUUUAACAGUAAGGAAAUUGACUCUUCAAGAUUCUGGCGAUUUCAUUUUUGUGUCAGCAACAAAAGAGAAACAGAGGGAUUCAGUCAUCAUCACUCUGCAAGUUCAUGAGCCCAUAACUAAACAGCCUGUCAUAAAAAUCAAUUCUACCUGGAUUUCCUCCAAUGAAUCAUGUAAAGUUCUGCUGGAGUGCAGCACAACUGCUGAUGUCAGCUACAAGUGGACUGUAGGAAACCAAACACUAACUGGUCACAGACAACAAUACAUCAUCAGGCAGGAUGGAGAGACCAAUGUCACCUGCACAGUUUCCAAUCAUGUCAGUGAGAAGUCUGCAUUUCAAACUGUGAAGUGCAGCAACAGUGAACAACAAGAUCCAGAAAAACACAUUUUCCUUUUCCUGGGUGCAGCUGGUGGCUGUUUGAUACUUGUCAUUAUAUCCAGUGCAGCUCUGGGUGUUUGUCUCUGCAAUAAAAGACAUGCAGAUCUGUGUUGCAACAGGCUCAGACAGUCUGAAACUAUCAACCAGGAGGAAAGUCAGCAACAUGUGUACUCGGCUCUUUCCCACGGUCAGGUCUAA